CGGAACACGACUUCGAAUGCGGGAGCAGCAGCACGAGCGCGUUUGUGCUGUAGCGCUGUGGAAGGAGACGACGACGCUAGAACCAUUGCUGAUGACGACAGCGUUAGCGAACUCCGACAACGACGGCAAAGGGUCCGCAUAAGCAGCUUCACUGUAAAAGAACAAGAGGAAGCAAAGGACAGAAGGGACCCAAGAGGAAGGCGUCAUCGCCGAUUGGUGUCGUCCACCCCGUCCUGUGGCAGCGUGCGCAAGCGUCCGAGUGGCGACCGCAGAACUCAUGCUGGUCCAACGCAAUUCGUCGAAGGCGACAGCUGCGUUGCAUUGGCCGGACAUCGCAUAAUCGUGAAGCACGCGACAAAGACCCGCCCCGGAGCACGAGACCACGCGCACUUGGUAGAGGGCAGAAAUUGCACUGAUUUGGAACAGAAGCCGGCAGCACAAGGAAGAAGAAGAAGAAAAGAAGAAGUGUUCGGUGGCAUCUACCCUGUCCUCGCAGCGCCAGCACAGACCGUUUAUUUCGACAGUCAUGCUCCUCGCCCUCGCAGUUGUCGCCGCAGCGUUCCUACUCCUGCUCAAGCAGGUCUCCUGCGCUGUGGUGAAGAGCACCAGGCUCCUCCUUGGACACUGCCGUCACUGCCUCAUCGAAAGCAGUGCCAUGGACGUCAUAAGUCAGAGCUCUGAACACACCACGCCAGCCCCAGGGCACCUGUCCGCAAACCUGCUCGCAGCGUGCGGUCAGCAGUCAUUCGCGACGUUUGACCAGCUCUUCAACAGUAUGUAUGUACAGCAAGACCCCUUGGGUGGAACCAAGCGAGCAACAACUCGGAGAGUGGGUGGAGCCAAGCGAACAACAACUCGGAGAGAAGAGGCACUCACAGGGCCAGGGCUCCUUGGGGCAGCUUCAGAUUCCAUGAGAGGCACAGGACAACGUGGGGUGCCACAGGAGGGCUUCCUGUACAGCCCAGGCAUAGGCCAGGUACCACAAAUGGAUGCACCAGCUUCCCUUCCUCAUUUGCCAGGCAUAGCUGAUGACCUGUCCUAUUCAGGAGACUUGGGGCCGUCUAUUGCACCAUCGUGGCUUCCAGAACUGCCUGAAGUGCCGGCUGAUAGCUUUGUGGAUGUUCCACCACCCCUUCCUGAAGGAGAUGCCACUGACCUACCUCCACUAGACACCACUUCUGAGCCAGUGGUGGAGUGUCCACCUCCCCAGGAGGCAGAUGAAGUGCCAGAGGUGCAAUCCGAAGAGGCUGUGCCCAGUCAACAUGCCGCGACUGCGCUAGAAUCAAGUAGUAGGUCAAGCAAUGCAGAACCACAUGCAGAGUUGUCGCUGCCUGUGACAGAAGAUGGCAGUGCUCGCGCCAGCCUGCUGGAGUCUAUUCGACAGGCCGGCGGCAAGGCAGGCCUCAAGAGUGUGCGUGGUCCACAGCAGCAACGCAAGUUUUUUUCCAGUUACAAGUAUCAUCCUGCAAGUGAUCCAGAACCUGCCCAAGAGCUGCUGGACUCUUUGCCAGCCGUGCCACUCCAGCCGACUUACUGUCGAGUGCGAAGUCAACACUUGGCCUCGAAUCAGCGACUUCUCAAGGAAAAAUUGCACUUCAACGUCCGUCCACCUGCCAAGGCUAACUCUACUGCCAUGAAGCCUGUCUGGCAGGAUGAGGAAGGCCUUGGCAGGUUGCCAGAAAGCACAGAGAGCAUUGGGAGCUUCCUUUUGUUCAACACUGGGGAAAACCCGUAUGUACAGCAAGACCCCUUGGGUGGAGCCAAGCGAACAACAACUCGGAGAGAAGAGGCACUCACAGGGCCAGGGCUCCUUGGGGCAGCUUCAGAUUCCCAGAGCGGCACGGGACAACGUGGGGUGCCACAGGAGGGCUUCCUGUACAGCCCAGGCAUGGGCCAGGUGCCACAAAUGGAUGCACCAGCUUCCCUUCCUCAUUUGCCAGGCAUAGCUGAUGACCUGUCCUAUUCAGGAGACUUGGGGCCGUCUAUUGCACCAUCGUGGCUUCCAGAACUGCCUGAAGUGCCGGCUGAUAGCUUUGUGGAUGUUCCACCAGCCCUUCCUGAAGGAGAUGCCACUGACCUACCUCCACUAGACACCACUUCUGAGCCAGUGGUGGAGUGUCCACCUCCCCUGGAGGCAGAUGAAGUGCCAGAGGUGCAAUCCGAAGAGGCUGUGCCCAGUCAACAUGCCGCGACUGCGCUAGAAUCAAGUAGUAGGUCAAGCAAUGCAGAACCGCGUGCAGAGUUGUCGCUGCCUGUGACAGUGUGUGAUGGCACUGCUCGCGCCAACCUGCUGGAGUCUAUCCGACAGGCCGGCGGCAAGGCAGGCCUUAAGAGUGUGCAUCGUCCACAGCAGCAACGCAAGCAGGUGGCGCAACCUUCCAUUCACCGUAGGAAGUUUCAUGAUACACAUCCCCAGCAGUUCUUUUCAAAGCGUGCUCGUCGCCAGCUUCCUGGGACUCUGUGUUUUGGUGUGCGCCCUGAAGCCGUGGCGACGGCUCUCCCGCAUGCGGGCGCACCGUGCGAGAGCUCCCGCUGUCCCAAGUCGGCUAUCAGCCGGCGAACCGGCUGGCACGGACUUCCUGGAAGACAACGAUCCGCUGAGCUCUGAACACCUGUCCGCGAACAUAGACGAAGUGUUCGCAAACCUACUCGCAGCGUGCGGUCAGCAGACAUGUGCGACGUUUGACCAGCUCU